AUGUUCAAGGCGCUUAUGGGCAGCCGUUCGUCUUCGGACGUUCGCUCCAAAAGUAGCCGGCGCAAAGACAAGGAUAGGUCAGAACGAUCCGAAAGAUCAGAGAGGUCCGACAAGUCCGACACGAGAUCAAUCUCCAGCCGCAAAUCCUCACGGGGUGACGACCGUGACCGUGGUCUGGGCGAUCUCACCAUAUACUCCCCCUCUCGCAGUCGGCGCGGAACCGCAAGCAUUGCCGGCGACUCAGUCGCAUCUUUCGUGACCGCCGAACCAGAACCAAUUGACGAUUACGACCGUUACGUUGAACGAACACCCAAACGCAGAGAUAGCGACCGAGAGAGUAAAAGUUCUCGCCGCCGUGAACGGGAUCGAUCCAUCAGCCCCGAUCGCGACAGACGUCGCCGCGGGACGCAAGAUACUAGCGAUGGUGACUACGACCGGGAGCGCGACCGCCGUGAGCGUCGCCGAACCCACUCAGGAGAUCCAUAUGUACCUUUAAUCUCAACAAAUAUGCCAUCCAGCGCACCAAAUGCGCAAUUCCCCGUCGAUGGCCCUGCUGGAUUCCCCCAGUUCCCCACCCAAUAUGAUCACGCUCUGCCGUCUGCUGGCCAUUCCCCCGAGCACGAUGUCUACGAUCCACACGUUCAACAACAGUUCCCCGGCCAGUUUCCGGAUACUGUUGCACAGCCGUAUCGGCCUCCCAAUCCUGCCGGCGCGGCCGCGGAUUACUACGGUGACCAAGGCCAGUCGGUCGAGUAUCAGCCGGGCAUUCGACCUGCUCGCCCGGCUAUUCUGCCAAAUACCCAAACUCACUUGAUGGCGGCAUCUCCGUCGGCAAAUCCUCCUCCUGAGCCCAGUAGCAUGGGCCAGACGGGGGCAGCGGCGGCCUAUUUUGACGAUGAAUUAUCUGGUCCGGAAGUGAAUCCGCCUGUUACAUCUUCAUCAAGACCCCCCAAGCCCUCGAAGCCAUCUGCGGGCAGUAUUGCACCUGCUGCUGCUGCCGCCGCUGGCGCCGCCACUUAUGGUGUUGGUAACAUCACGUCUCACGCUGAAUCUUAUGAAUCAGAGCAACACCACAGCUCGUCUUACAACCACCAAAGUCAGACUAUGGCAUACAAUCAGCCCAUGUCUUAUAACCAGCCCGUGUCUGGUGGAAGCCAAAAGCCGCCAAAGCCAUCUCACUCUCAUCACUUCAGUGAAGGUGCCGCUCUUGCUGCUGCUGGAGUCGCUGGUGGAUACUUAGCUGGUCACCACCACUCCUCCUCCAGCCCGGAGCAGGCGUCGCCAUACGCUUUCCAUAACUACGAGCAGUCUUCCCAGACCGGAAUGGCUCCGUAUGUCUCAGGCCACCCUGAGGCUUUGCAUGUCGCAGGCCCCGGCGGCCAUGCUACCCAUGCCAUCCAUAACCCAGGCUUUUACCCCCACGGACCUAGCGCACUUGUUAUGCGUGAACGACAACGUGGUGCCGUCGGACGGUUUGUGGAUUUCUGGCGUGACCCCGAAGGAGUCGGAAGAUUCGAGGACUACACAGAAACCAUCGGUGUGUGCAAGUACUGUUUCACACCCGGUACAACCUCCGUGGAUGCACCUCGCAAACAUCAUUAUCACCCCCGCCGUCGCCGAAACUCCGCCGAUCGACACAGCAGUGGUAGCUCCAGAGUUAGCAAGUCCAGCCGAUAUAACUCGUCGGACGAUGAGGGUCGUCGGCGCAAGAAGUCUAACAAAACUUCCUGGCUUCCCGGCAUGCUCGGUGGCUAUGGGGCCAAAUCACUCUUCAGCAGCAAGGAGUUCGAUGAUUCCUACAGCAUCCGAUCUGGCCGUGUCCAGUCAUCCCAUGGCGAGGAAGAUGACCGGAGGAGCUACACCUCCCGCGGCGUUGCUCGCCGUUCUGGCCGCAGCCCGCACCGUGACUCCAAGCGUCCCCACUCUGGAUACUCGCGCAGCGAUCGUUCACGAUCUCGAUCUUCCUCUCGCUCUGGAAAACAUUCGUUCAUGAAGGAGGCUGCUCUCGGUGCCGCAGUGGGGGGUGCUGCGUACGCUAUCACCAAAUCCCAUGACCGCUCUCGCAGUAGUUCACCUGAACGACGCCACCGACGGAAGGAUUCUACCUCAUCCUCGUCCGUGGUCAAUAUGUCCCGACCAGCUAAGAAGUCUGUUGCCGGUAACAUUGGCUCUUUCUUCACUGCCUCGUCUGAAAACCGGAAGAAGCGCCACACCAAGAAGCGCAGGGGUUUCUUCUCCUUCAACGGUGGCUCUUCGUCUUCAUCUUUAGACAAUGAUCUUGCCUUUGGAGAUGGUUUCCGCAAGAAAUCUCCCAAGUCCAAGAAGAAAGACAAGAAGGGAAAGGAUGUUGAUGCUGCUCUGUUGGGCCUGGGCGCCACGGCCAACCGCCUGGCCGGCUCUUCGCCUCAUGGCCGCAGUGCAGGUCAAAUGUACACUACCAAAUCCCGUCAUUCUAACUAUGCAUCCUCAGCUACCAAUGACGAUGAAUGGGUUGACGAGUCAGAGGAUCAAUCCAGUGUCAGCUCAGCACUGGCAUUCGGAGCGAGCAGCCCUGAUACUUCCGAUUCAGCCAGCAGCAAAUGGGGCUGGAGAUGGGGCAGCAAGAAGGACAAGAAGAAGGAGAAGCGGUCGAGCGCUACCAAUGCUGCUCUGGCAAUGGGUGCUGGUGCCCUAGGCGCAGCUGCCAUCUCUUCUGCCUCCCGCGACAAUGACAGCAAGCCCGUCAGUGAUGGCGCUCUUCAACAUGUCUAUCCCAUGCCUACAUCCGACCCAUCUCGCUUUGACGCAGCGCAGAUAAAUCCUCAUGCGCAACCCGCAGGUCAGCCAACACUUGUUCGCCCAGGUCCUAUCCCCCUUCAGCAGCCACAGCCCUUCGCUCCUGUCUCCCAAGCUGUAUACACUACCCAGGGUCCACCUCCUGGAACGAUCCCAGUGCACAGCGCACCUGUUGUUCCUGUUUACGGAAGUGGAUUCCCCCAGUACCGCAUCCAGGACCUGGAUGGUCGUGAUGCUGGAUGGGCGCCAGUUGAUCCAACAUCCUCUGGCCGUGGACCUCACCGCCGCAGUGAUUCAUUCCCCGUUUACCCAACGCAGGAGCCUGCGCCUACUCUUAAGCGUCGCUCUACAGGCAAAGACCAGGCUUCUGUUUCCUUCAAUCUGACAGAAGAGCAAGUGGAGAGGGAACGCCAUCUCAACCGUCGCGAUAAUGGCCAUCGGGAAGAAGUGGUCGACCAGCCCCUCGUGUUGUAUGACCGAGAGGAAGAGCUUGCUCGCCAGGAAGAGUCUGAUCGUCGCGAACGCCGCCGAAUGGAGAAAGAGCUGAAGGAGCUCGAGAGGCGUAGGGACGAGGACGACAGAGCGAAAGAAUCUUCAUCUUGGGUGGGCCCCGCCGCCGCUGGACUCAUUGGCGCCGCGGCCACCAGUGCCAUCAUUUCACACAAGCAUGAUGACAACGUCUCCGAGACCAGCUCGCGACACUCCGAGCGCCGCGAAAAGCGUAUUGCCGAGCGCUACCGCUACGAGAACGAGGAAGCACCUUCUCUUGUGUCAACAUUCCCACCCUCAGAGCCAAUUGACGAUGAGAUCACGGUCGAACAUCGCGAGGAACCAAAACCGCGGUCUCCUCGCCGUGCUCGUCCAGCGCCCGUUUACGACGAUUAUGCCGAGUUUUACGCACCCAAAGAACUCCGCCACAGCCCUGACGCCCACGAUGGUAAAUCCACUAGCAUGCCAACCAUCGUUGAGGUGGAGCCUGCCAGCGAGCGCCGGGCUCGCGAAGAGCCUGCUCCUCAGCAGGACUAUUCUUACGAACCUUACGAGAAUGUGGAUCGUCUCCCUUGGCCUGUUCCCCGCCUUAACUUCAUUGAGCCCACGCCCCCUCACAGUGUGAAUGGUGGCUCUGUUCGUGAUGCUACCGCCCCAAGUGCACCUGUAGAUACCACCAAGCGUGACCGACCAACCGGUUCCCGCGUCUCAUGGGGCGAGCAUGAAACCCACGAAUACGAAAUCCCCUCUUCCUCGGAGCAAGAUCCUCUCGAUUAUGAGUCGCGUGAAGUAUCAGCCAAGGAUGUUCCUCUCCCUCCUUCCGAGGUUUCUGCUAGGGAUGUUCCUCUGCCUGCUUCUGAAGUUUCGCAGCACAGGGAUGAGAAGUCUCAAUAUGGCAAUGAUAUCGAAUUCGCUGCUACGAUUGCGGCUGCUACUGCCGCUGCUGGAUUCGAUCCUUCAUUCAUCACUAAUGAUCCCUCUUAUCACACGCGCACUUCUCCACCUGGUUCGGAAGAUGAGGCUCAUGCGCAAUUUACCUCGCCGUGGUCUUCACGCAAGCAGGGCUUUGUCGAGGAGGAGGAACUCGACCCCAAGUCUAAGAAUGUUCCUUCACACCGUGCUCAAGACAAGGAUGAACUCUUCUUCGACGAGCAGACAGAUAAAGAUCGUGAUGUGUACGGACGCCGCGAAAACUCUAUUGCCCAGGAAGUUAUUGAGCAUCUAAACGGCAAGCGAUCGAACGAUGCUUCGCCUGAGAGAGAUGUCGACACCUUCUCCAUGCCUGGCGGAUUCGAAGCAGUCGACUCACGAGAUUUGGUGGAUGAUAGAUCUGUCGUCACAGCGCCUGUUGAUAACAAAUCCAAAUCCAAGUCCAAGUCUAAGAAGUCUCGACUCAGCCAAGAGUUCGAAAUUCCGGAAUACAAAGACCAAGACCCUCAGCUUGAUGAGUCGCGCUCCAUUCCACCUGCUCCGGAACCAGGGGUGCUGCGUGAGCUUCCUGUCAAUGAUCUGGAGACAUCUCAAUCUCAUGAACCAUCUACCAUGGGAGAUUCUUUCUCCGUGAUCUCUGCUCCCACAUCAAAGGAUGAGACUUCCAAGUCCCAGUCCCGAAAGUCACGUCGCAGUGGUGAUGAAUUUGAGACUGCGCCUGAAGAACCAGAGGUCUCUGCGCCCUAUGACUCUUUCUCUGUUAUUUCCGCUCCUGUGUCCAAGGAUGAAACUUCCAAGUCUUCUUCCCGGAAGUCUCGUCGCAGCGGGGAUGAAUUUGAAAUUGACUCACGCAAGCGUUCCGAGGAAGAGGAUGCUGCCCGCUCCUUGGAAUGGGCUGCACCUGUGGAAGAGGAGUCUUCCCAGCCCAAGAAAUCUCGUCGCAGCGGAGAUGAUUUCGAGGUUGCAUACCAAGAGCCGCGUGAUGACAAUUUCUCCGUGAUUUCCGCUCCAACUUCGAAAGAUGAAACUUCGAAGUCCAAAUCUCGCAAGUCCCGCCGCAGUGGUGAUGACUUUGAGAUUGACAACCAAGAAUGUGAAGUUGUUGAGCCUCGUGAUGAUUCGUUCUCUGUCAUUUCUGCCCCUGUUUCAAAAGAUGAGACAUCCAAGACAAAGUCCCGCAAGUCUCGUCGUAGUGGUGAUGACUUUGAGGUUCAUGACUCCCGCGAGCCCUCUCUGUCCCGCGAGCCAUCCCGCUCUGGUGCGUCUACUCCCGUCCACAAGGAGGAGUCGAGACACAGAAAAUCAAGACGUAGCGGUGAUGACUACGCCUCUCGCUCACGAGAAGUAUCCCUUGCCCGCGAUGAUCGCUCCAUCCUGUCGGCACCCGUGUCCAAGGAGGAGACCUCCAAGUCCAGACGAUCUCGCCGCAGCGGUGAUGAUUUCGACAUCUCACGGUCGCGCGAUGUGUCCGAAGUCCGCGAUGACGCCCGCUCUGUUAUUUCCGAGUCUGGAAAAUCCCGAAGAUCUCGUCGGAGUGAUGAUUUUGAUCCUCGUCGUGAUGCUGAAACCCCACCUCCAGACGACGAGAAUGGCGAUGAGAAGAAGCGACGUCGCAAGCGCCGCUCCAAGCACGAAGGCGAAGGCUACGCUGACGAUGAUGCUCGAUCUGUUGUUACAGAUGCUGCAGAUGAUAAUAAGUCUGAGCGUCGCAGGCAUCGCCACCGCUCGUCGAGGGACUUCGAUGACACUGCCUCGAUUACCUCUGCUAUCACAGAUGUUGCAGAUGACAAGUCUGAACGCCGCAAGCAUCGUCAUCGCUCAUCCAGAGACUUUGAUGACAAUGCUUCUGUGACAUCCUCUCCAGCCCGGAUCUCUGAAUCCCGCGAGAGAGGCAAGGACAAGAAGGACAAGAGCGGUGGCUUCUUGCGAAGCCUGUUUGGCUCGCAGGUCUCAGCCCCUGCCGAGCGUGUCCGGUCCGACCAUUCUCGUGACCACUCCCGGUCUUCUUCGUUAGACAAACGCUCCUCCCGCGAGGCCAUGUCCGAAGCUGGUGGUGAUGACGAGCGCCGUCGUCGCAAGAAGCGUUCGUCGAAGAGUCGAAGCUCCAGCAAUGGAGAUGAACUGGAUGCUUAUUUGUCAGACAAGGAGAAAGGCGACCCUAAUCUGGAGGAGUACAGGUCCAGUAGACAACGCAAGGAAGAAGAACGUCGCCAUAAGUAUGAGGACAUUGUGGAUUCUGGGAGGAAACGAGAUUCCGCGAAGGACUUUAAUGACGACACCAAUUCUUUUUUAAGCGAGGGCCCCGAAAUGCCCGCUGAUCGCACCAGUGCUUCGGGGCUUCCAGAGGACGCCACUGUCGCUGCAGGUUUAGAUGUGAACGAAGUCCUGCAACAGAGGCCCCGGAGCCGCUCAAUCUCUCCACCGAACGCCGAGAAGACCCUCGAUCUGACGCCCAAGUCGAGGAGUAGACCAGGCUCGCCAGAAGCAAGCCGUCCCCCUGCCCAACGGAGACACUCCGUUGCCAAAUCAACAGAGUCACCUACUGCUGUGCCAUUGCACUUCCGCCGUCCACCAACAUCCCCAGGUCUCUCACGAGCUGUACCUGUUGAGCCCGUGCCCUCCCCCGGCUCACCGAGCCAACAGCGCCACCGCCGUCCCGGCUCAGUGGAAUUCCGCAACUCGCGCGAGAUCAGACCACUAUGGCUCGUUGAGCGCCACAGCUCAGCCAAGGGCGAGCCAGAAGAAGAGGGACAUCUCCCAUCUCUCCCAUCAAGCAAAGGCUCUUCGCGAGUCCCUUCAAUUGAGAACCUGAAAGAUCUCAACGAUGAAGAAAUGAAGAGCUGGGAACAUGUCGACCUAAGCCAUGCGAUUAUGGACCGCCCAAACUUGACCAUCUCGACAGAUCAGGCUAAUGAGCACCGCGAACGUGAAAUUGACCUCUUGGACUCUCAGCAGGCAACGCCCACUGCUGAAAAUCACGACGAGAACAAGGGUCGACCCCGCUACGAGUUCCAUUCCCCUUCUGAGCUCCUGCAGGACCCGGCAUCCUUAGACGAAUUGACAUCGACCUCAUUUGAACGUCUACCUUCGAUUGAAGGCUCUGCUGUUGGAGCAAACGACCGCGAACCGAGCGCUGACGAUAAGAGCAAGGAGACGAAUCGUGCUCUUGAUGCCCUUGAAGGUAGAUCGCAGCCCGAACAAACCCCCACCCAGGAGAAAUCAUCUUUCAAUUUCAACCACGGUGGCUUCGCGGACGUUGUUGAUGCAGCUGCCAUUGCUGCCGUGAAGGAACACGAUCAGCAUGCCGCACUUGCAGACAAGGCUGAGUCUGGCUUUGGCGAUAUUGUCGAUCAGGCAGUCGCUCAGGCUUCCAAUGAACCUAAGCCUCAAGAUGACGGCGCAAUUGAGCCUACGGGAGAGACAUCAAGGGAGCUGAUUCCUGACUCAACUGAGCAGCCGGUUGCAGAAGCUCAGCCUGAAGCUGCUGAGCCUGCUGCUGAUGACGUGGAGGCUUCGCAAUCUUCAAAGAAGAAAAAGAAGAAGAAGGGCAAGAAGAACCAAGUCCAGGAAGAUGAUCUCCCAACUGAGACCUCUGCUGAGACCCCCGAAACUGCCCCAGAACCUCAACCUGAGGCGGUCGAAUCUUCACGUGAAAUCCAAGUUGAGCCUGAGUCUUUCCCUGUUGAACCUGAAGCACCUGCUCAACUGGAACCUGAGUCCGAACCUAUCGAAGCGUCUAAGGACAUCACAGCUGAGCCCGAGGUUGCAGCCGAAUCUUCUGAGCCUGUUGUCGCCCCUGAACCAGAGACCGAGGUCGUGCCUACCGAGGUCGAGCAGGCCGAUGAUACUGCAUCUUCAUCUAAGAAGUCUAAGAAGGACAAGAAAAAGAAGAAGAAGGGCAAGAAUGCGUCUACAGACGAACCUACCGAGGAUGCGGCUGCAGCCCAACCGGUAGAGGAAUCUUCAGCUUUGAAGGAGACAGACGAAACUCCUACGGAGUCUAUUUCUCAAGAAGUUCCCGCGGAGAAUGUCCAGACAGAAGAAUUUGCAACCCCCAUGGAGAAAGAAAUGCCAGCUGAUGAGGCGUCCGAACCCGUCUUCACCGAUGCCAACGAGACUCAGACCUCUGAGAUGGCUCAACUCGAGGCAGAACAGACAUCUCGUGGCAUUGAAGAUACUGCACCAGUGACCCUUGAUGAGUCCGCCCCUGUGCCUGAAACACCCAAAGAAAGUACCGACGGCGAAGAAAACUUUGAAGAGGCUGUCGAGGAACAGACCGCUCAGCCUAUUGAAGAGCAACUAUCGCCGCCCGUCGAGGAGAAACAAUCUACAUCCGAGCCUGUGGCCGAAGAGACCCCUGCCGAAGAAACCCCAGCAGAGGCCACAGAGUCAAAGUCAGAGAAGCGCAAGAACAAGAAAAAGAAGAACCGUAAAUCUGCCGUUGAGGAUACGGUUGACGAAACCGCUGUUGAAACCGAAACUCCACAGCCAACAGCCGAGGAGCCUCAACCUGAGCAGUCAAUUACUGCCGAUCCCACGGACGCACAAUCAGCGCCAAUUGGCGGUGAAGCCUUGCCCUCUGACAUUGACAAGGAUGCCGAGUUGCCUUCUGACCUAGCUGCCCAAGAGCCAGCCCCGGGCCAAGAGCAAGAUGUUUCAUCUUCCGAGCCAGUGGAAUCUAGUGUCCCAGUCGAGAUUGAAACCACAGAGCAGUCUUCUCGUGAUAUCACAGAGGAUACAAUGGAAUCACAGCCUGAAGCAGAGCUCCUAUGA